GACAGCCAGGGGGAUGAGCUUAUGGACAGGGCCACCUUGUGGCGUCGUGCGGCCCUGUCAGUGCCACUGGAGUUCGUGAUGUGCGAGAACGUCAAUGACCUCUACUGGAAAUCAAUAAAUCUGCGUGAGUCCAUUGGAACGAAGUACGCCACUAUGUACCGGUCCCCAGUCCAGCGCAUCUUUGAACUGGCGAUCUGGAAAGAGAAGCAGGAAGCUGAAACUGGGACCAACAUGGACCCCGAGGCUAUCUCCAAGGCGUGGUCGGAGAAGGUCCAGCUCAGCCCGAUGGCGGAGGCCAUCUCGCCAGGCAUGGUGGACGCCUCCAUGACAGUGUGGAAUCGCCUUUUGUGCGAUCCUGAAUGCCGGUCGGUGGUCAUGGAGGCGGAGUCUUUCUGGGGCAAGCACACGCCGUGGGAUUCUGUGUAUAAAUUGGAAGCUGUGGUCAAGAAGGUUGGCCGCUCGGACACAUCCUUCACCAACGCGAGGUGGAUCCUGCACGCUGUCUCAGAUGAGAUCAAGAACGGCACGCACCAUCAGUCCUACUUUAGUGUCCGCAUGCUCUCUGGCAAAGGUCAGGCUCAGAACAAAGGGGCGUGCGACAUCUACAUGUACCGCAGGUCCCUGAAGCAGCACUGCAUCAGCUCCAUCCUCGGCGGCCUCAGUUUCCAACCUGACAUGAAGGAUCAAGUAUCUGGUUUGUUCUCAUCCCACGCCGUGUAUCGGUCGUGGUUUGGCUACGACAGCCAGACAGUGAGCCGCCAGUGGCUGCACGGCUUCCCCAAGGCCUUGCAGUACCUCAUCAUAUUUAUCGGGGAGAUUGUUUACGGGGUCAAGUACGACACAGCCAUCCGCAGCGGCACCAGGUUCAACACCACGUGCGAA